AUGAUAUUACUAGUAUUACUAAUAGCAUAUACAGUAAAUUCUUAACCUUAUGAUACUGUUUGCGGAGUUAAGAAAGCAGCAUAUUACUAAGAAAUAUUAUCAGCAACAGAUGUGAUAGUUGGAUUGGGAACAACACCAGCAGCAACAACAGAUUACAUUUAAUUACAACCUAAAUUGACGAAUGAUCCUACAACGUUCCUUUUUGAUACCUUAGAUACGUUUAUGAUCAACUUGUGGUUCCGACCACCCAUUAAACAUACAAACCUGGCUGAUAGUACUGAACCCACUAAACCUGAACAAGCCAUAUUUAGAAUUUCAAUGGAUACCUCUGAUGAAAGUCUGAUUACUAACCAAGGAGUUCGACUAGGUAUGUAUUAUACAGCAGAUUACACAUAAACAACAUAGUUUUAAAUCAGAUACGCAAAAGCUUCCACUCCAAGUGUUAUGGUGAAUUCCCCUUUUCCAUAUUUGGAGUAGAAAUGGUGUUUCGGAUCAGUUGGACUGUCAUACUCUAAAGGGAAAGUCGUUUAUUACGCCUUUUAACCUGCAUCUCCUAAUGUAAUUGUGAAUCCUCUGCCUAUCACCGAAGCAGUUGGGUUUCACUCCUCAUUGACAUCGUUGGCAGUGAUGUAACUCCUGUAUUGGGGAUCAGCCUAUCAAUAUCAUUAUGGUUAAGUUCGAUCUAUAUCAAUUUUGAAGGACUACAUUGAACUAGAUUAUAAGCAUAAUUGGUUCGGCUUGAUGUUCUUGGAUCCAAGCUAUUCAGUUUCUUUGUUCGCUAGAUUUAGAUUAGAAGAGAUGACAGGUUAAGUAGUGUAUAAUAAAAUUGAUAUGACAAAGUAAGGGUUUUUAGGAACAGAUAAUACGGUUUAAACCAGUGAUCCUACUUGGGGAACAACCAUUGGUUUAUUGUAGUUUGUAUCAACAUAAACAGUAAAAUUGCCAGCAGUAGUAUUCGGGAGUACGAACACAAUAUUUGGAAUAGCUCUUUGGUUUAAAGCAACAGCUGUUUUAUCAGGAGAUGCAGACAAUGUAGAUUUAACUAAAGAUAUGCAAGUGUUUAAAAGGAAUUACCAAGGUACAACAGAAGUGCUUACACUACUAUUUUAUUAAGCAAAUGCAGCUCAACUUGGUACUAAAUUGAAGAUUGGAACUACAAUAUUCCAACCAGCUCUCAUUUUACACAAUACUAAUGUUUGGCAUCAUAUUACUUGUACUAUUUUGUAUCCAGGGUCAUUGACAGAAUAAUCUCAAAUCAUUUAUGAUAUAACUUUAGAGAAAGGUGUCUAUUAAGCACAUCAAACUACUAGUUUAAGUAAUUCCUAUUAAGAAAGUGCAACUGAUACCAUAAUACUAGGAAGUUCUUUGAAUUCUUUCUCUAGUGGAAAUUUGUAGUUAUCAAAUAUCAAUAUUUUCAAUAAAUAUACAGUUUAUGUAGAUGAGGAUGGAACUGAUACAAAUUAUUUGAAUUGCAAUGGUGAUUGUUAGGUUUCUUUGAAUAGUUUCAGUAGUUAAAUUUGUCUAAUAUGCAAAUCUCCUUUAUUGAUGAAUGAAGGUAAUUGUGUCGCAUCUUGUACCGCUGGUGCUAAUGCAUUAUCGAAUACUGCAGGGACAGUAGAUCUUUGUCGAAGUUGUGAUUUUAAAUGCAGUUCUUGUAUUGCUAAUGGUAAUUGCAAUGCCUGCAACACCGGCUAUUUCUUGAUCAUGCCUGCUGCUAACUCAUGUGUGAUUAGUGCUAGUUGUGGAGGUAAUUAUGUUGGUGAUCCUGCGACAUCUGUAUGUACUCGAUGUGGUAAUGGUAAGAGAGAUGCAGGAGAGACUUGUGAUGAAGGUAAUCUGGUUGCUGUUCCAAUUGCAGCUUAAGGGCCAGGAUGUGCUAAUUGUGCUGUUAACUCACCAACAUACAAGUGUUCAGGGGGAACGGCAACCACAAAGGACACUUGUUAUUUAGCUUGUGGUGAUCAUAUUUGGGAUACAGGAGAAAUAUGUGAUGAUGGUAAUAAUGUUGAUGGAGAUGGAUGUUCAGCUGAUUGUGGAACUAUAGAGGAUUUAUAUUAUUGUACACCACUAGCAGGACCUAUAAAUUGUUUUAAGAAUUGCGGAAAUGGGAAACUGGAAUCCAGUGCUCCUGAUCUAGAAUAAUGUGAUAUAGGAAGUGGAACAACAGGUUGUACAAAUUGUAAGGUAGACAUUGGUUAUGAUUGUGAUAAUUCAAAUCCUCCUCCUACACCUACACCUGCAAAUCCUGUUAGUGUUUGCACAAAAUUAUGUGGAAAUGGAAUUAUUAAUGCAGGAGAAGACUGUGAUGAUUCAAAUAACACAUCUUCAGAUGGAUGCUCAGAUUGUGUUACUGAUGUCGGUUGGGUCUGUUCUGGAACACCUAGUGUGUGUAGCAAAACAUGUGGAAAUGGAGUCAGAAAUCAAGGAGAAGAAUGCGAUGAUGGAAACGCUGUGAACAAUGAUGGGUGCAGUAAUUGCAAAAUAGAUACAGAUUAUGUAUGUACUGGUGGUAGUGAUACUACAGCAGAUAAAUGUAAGGCUAUUCCUGAUAUUUGUGGGGAUGGAAUAUAGAAAUCAACUGAGGAAUGUGAUGAUGGUAAUACUUUGAACGGAGAUGGGUGUUCGAAAUAAUGCAAAAUAGAGAUUGGAUAUAGUUGCGUAGGUAACAUUUGCUCAUCCAUAUGUGGUGAUGGAAUCAAGAUUUCAAAUGAGAAGUGCGAUGAUGGGAAUGUGUUGGGUGGAGAUGGAUGCAAUGAAAUGUGCAUAAUAGAGAAUUUAUAUUAAUGUUAAGGUGGAUCAUAAGCAGGGAAAGAUACUUGUAUCCUUAAUUGUGGUGAUGGCAUCAGAGAUAAUACUGAGUAAUGUGAUGAUAAUAAUGUUGAUGAUGGAGAUGGAUGUUCAUAAUAUUGUAAGAUUGAAUCUGGUUAUGGAUGUAUUAAACAAACAUAGUCUCACGACUUAUGUUUCAAAUGUCUGAGCAACUGUGCAAUUUGUACAUCAACUAAUACAUGUGACACUUGUUUAACAAUGUUUUACCAACUAGGCACCUAGUGUUAUCCAGGUUGUCCAUCUGGAUAUUAUCCUGAUAAUAAUGUAUGUUCAGAAUGUGCAUCCAAUUGUUCUUAAUGUCUAAAUUAACAAACUUGUGUACGAUGCAAUUAUGAUCAUUAUUUAUCAAAUGGAAAGUGUUAUUCUCAUUGUCCAAUCGGAUUCUAUGACCAGCCUAAUGCCAUGUUGGGUAAUCAAUGUAUUCCUUGUUAAUCUCCAUGUGCUGAUUGUGAUACAAUGACAUGUUAUGCUUGCAUUGAUAAAUACUAUUUGGAUGAAGAGACUUCUACUUGUUUGCCAUGUAAUAUGGGAGAUUAAUGUCUGAAAUGUGAAAGCCAGGAUGGAGAUUGCCUCUUAUGUUCGGAUGGCUACUAUAGAGAUGGUAGCUCUUGUCAACUCAUACCAUUAUUAUGUGGAGACGGUUUGCAUCAUCCAUAAGAAAGAUGUGAUGAUGGAGAUAUCAAACCUUUGGAUGGAUGCGAUGAAGUUUGCAAGAUAGAAUUAAAUUGGGACUGUAUUCUUUAUGAUCCUUAAGGUCCUGAUGUUUGCUUUUUAAAAGCACCUCCUCAACUUACCGUUGAAUGGAGCAAAGUGUACACCAAUAUUAUCUAUAUUCAUUUUUCAAGACCUAUGAAAGAUGGAAUCGAUUAUAGUGCUCUCACCAGUAUCAUAAUUCCUGAAUUAGAAUCUCUAAAGUUUAAGGAAUUUGAAGAAGUCAAUGAUGAAGGUAUUAUAAUUUAGCAUGACAGAAGUAAUGCAUUCAUUCCUUUUGAGUAUUCUGUUUCCUCAUUCAGAAAUUAGACCAUCCAAAUUACUUUCUAUUAUUAAUUGACUAUACAAGAUCUUAUGGCCAAUAUUACCUUCAAUAAUGCAUCAUUAAUAUAGGACAUCUUUGAUUGGUCUUUAGUCAAUCAAACUUCUCAAGAUAGACGACUAUUAGAAGAAACUAAUAAGAGUGAAUCCUACUUACUGUCAACUUCCUUACCUUAUUAUAUUUAUUAUACUAGCGGAGAAAAGGAACUUUCAAUUGCUGUUGCAUAUAUUUUAUUUGUUGUUUGCAUUUUUGGUUUGCUUUCAGGAUUUUACUAUUACUAUAGGAUAGGAGAAGGCAGAAUUAGAAAAACCAUUGAAUUCGUUUAAAUGAUCAGUAUGUUGAGAUAUAUCAAUAUCAGAAUGGGAUACAACACAGAAUAGAUAUUCACAGUUUUGGAUUACUUUAAUCUUACUUUCAUGCCUAACUUUUUUGAUCUAAUUUAAAAUGAUUGCAGUCAAUUUGAUGCUCCUCCGAAAUUUCAAUAUUAUGAAUACAAUACUUAAAUGCUUUCUGAAGGAGGUGGUCGAUUCUUGACUGUUUUUGCAGGUUUGCUUGUAUUGCUUGGGAUAAAUGAACUCUUUUAUAGGUUUGUACCAGAUCCAGAUAUUGAAUAUUAUGCUGAGUAAGUCCAUAAAUAUUUCAGAUGUUAAGGGUUGACUAUAUUUGUGGAAAUAUUUUUCAUGGAUCUCGUAUUGAGUAUUGUCUUAAAUUUAUUCUAUCCUGACUUUUCAAAUGGUUAUGGAAUUAUUAAUUUUUUGAUGUCAAUUUUAUUUGCAAUCCUAAUUUUAGUAGCCAUUGUAUUAAUUAUUUUUAAAUUGAUAAGAAAUCCCCAUAUAAUAAGAGUAAAAUAGGUUUAUGAUUACUUUGGAGAAUUUUUUGAUGGAUUACUCUUUACUACACCUUAUACUAAAUUUUUCGCACUUGUGCCUUACUUAUAAAAGAUUAUGAUAGCUAUCUCCUUAGUAGCUUUGACAGUGUACCCAUAAAUUGGUAUUUUAGUAUUAGUGAGACUGGGAUUCUAUUCACUAUCUGCCAAUGUUAUUCCUAUCUACUAUAUUGAAUUGUUCAUUAGGGAGGUUGCCUAUGAUGUAAGUAUGACCCUGAUUACUUUGGUUAUUUUGGCAUUUAAUGAUGAUUCAAGCAGCAAGCAAUAGAAAAUUGAUGUUGGAUGGGGAAUUUCAUCGAUCAUUGUAUUUACUAUUGGAUUACAAAUAUUCUUUGUGAAAUAUGCCAUUUCUAUAAUUGACAGAAUGAUUCCUCCGAUAAUGCCUGAUCAUGAAGAAAUAGUUCAAUAAGAAAUAGAUUAAGGCAAUAAAGAUAUUCACAUUUUACAAUAGGCUGUUGAAAUGGAGAAGAUGGAGAAUGAUUUUUUUAAUAAUAAAUGA